AUGGCCAAAGGCAAGAAAAAGGCGCCAUUCUCCGAUUUCUACGAUGAGACGGACUACGUCCCCGAACCCGCACCCCAACCUGUGCGAAAGUCUUUUCGGUUCCUCGAUUUACCGUCUGAGAUCCGACUGCGCGUCUAUCAUUUCGUCCUCUUUACACCGACAAGAAAAAGCGCAUUGCAAAACAAGGCCGGCUCUGUGGGCUCCUCCGCGAAGAAGAAAAAGCCUGUGGCACCGACAUCCCACCGAGUUGCGCUGUUCCUAACUUCGCAUCGUAUCCACGAUGAAGCCAGUCACUUCUUUUAUUCAAGCCAGAUAUUCCGGCUCUUUCCUGUACAAGAUUUUCAGCGCAUGCCAACCGUCCGCGCCAUACCCCGUCGCUACCGGUCCUCCGUUUCGACGAUUGAAUUGAUUUUGGGAAAUAGCUGGACGGCACCACCAAAGUCGUGGGCCGUAAACCAGGGCUUGGGACUGCACGAUAUGACAUACUUGCACACGCUCAAGAUCUUCGUGGAGUGUGAUCCGUCGCAGCCUUCCUUCGAGGGCUUCCGCAUCUCCAAAGAAUAUUAUACCAUAUUUGCCGGACGACUAUUGAAGGAGAUUCUAGAGCGACUUCCAGCCCUUGUUCAGGUCGAAUUCGAUGGUUAUCCCUCGGUGUUGAAGGGCGGGUCUUUGAUGAGCAGGCUACUACAAGAAACUAGGGCAGCACAAAAAAAGGUCUGUUGGGGUCCAGAGCGUGGAUGGUACGACGGACAAGAAGAUGAUUACAUCCCAUACAACGACUUCACAGAUGCUGCUCCAGAUGCUGGAAUCAAUGCGCUCCACCCCAAGAGCCCGGAGCCCGUGCACGACCGGCUUGAUACCGCGAUUGAUACGUUGGCCAACACGCUGGAGGCGGCCAGGAUCGAAACAUUAGACUCACCGGAAAUUGCGGUACAGUCAAUAUGA